AGAAAGACCAGAGAUGGGAAACAACAAGUUCAAAUUCUCAGAUAUGAUACCAAACGCCUGGUUUUACAAGCUCAAAGACAUGAGCAAAACCAGAUCAAAGCAUCAAAAAAACACCACCAAGAAAAAACUCACCCCAAUUCCCACUAACACAAAACCACAAGUGACUAUUUCUCAGCAAAAACACGCAAACAACAAAACCCAGAAAUUCACAACAGAGACACCCAUCAGAUCAGAUUACAAAUUCCCACCUCCCAAACACUCAUCAAAACCACGCUCAGACAUAAUCCGUUUUCCCGAAAUACCCCCGAGAAAGUCCACCAAAUUAAGAAGAACCUCCACAUCGAGAAGAAAAUCACCGGUUUUCAAGCCCAUAGUUAGCUCUCAGACGACGUCGUUUCUUUCCUCAAGUGAGAGCUCUUCUUCCGAAACUGAUUUCCCAGACUCCAUUUUCAACGUUCCCUCCGAAUUCGACUCCGAAUCGGACUUCCCUCUUCCUUCAUGGCCAAACUCUUGCAACUGCAGGCUCAGCUCUUCAACCGCCGACAUCAUCAUCGACUUAAACGACGAAAAAGUCAAGACGACGGCGGCGGACGACAGGUUUGUCGACGUCGUUUCGGAGAUGAUCGACCUUCCUCCAAUCCUAACCAAGCCAAUCAACUUCGACGAUACCGUAUUCAAAACCAUGAAGAACAAAUCAUCGUCAAAAUCAAGAACAAAAAGCUCGGAAUCUCACAAAAUGACGCACAACCUUCUUAUUAAUUCCGCUCGGAGAUCUUCUUCUAGUGGUGGCUCUUCGGGCAUAAGGCUGAGAACGAACUCUCCGAGACUGGCGAGCAAGAAAAUCCAGGCGUACGCGAGAAAGAGCGUUUCUUCGAGGAACAAACAGUACCUAUCGGAGAGCUUCGCGGUGGUCAAAUCAUCGGUCGAUCCGCAGAGAGACUUCAGGGAUUCAAUGGUGGAGAUGAUCGUGGAGAAUAACAUCAGAGCAUCAAAGGACUUGGAAGAGCUUUUGGCGUGUUAUCUCUCGCUUAAUUCCAAAGAGUAUCAUGAUGUUAUAGUCAAGGCUUUUGAGCAAAUCUGGUUUGAUAUGGCUGAUAUUGCAGUCUGA